CGGAAACUGUCUCGAAAUAAGAGAAAAAGCAGCGAGAGGUGAUGGUUCGGAUGAAUACAAUAAUCGAAUAAAUCUGCAGACAAACAAGGGAAUAGUUUUAGGUUGCGUGAUUCGUAAUACAGAGCUGUCGACGGGACACCGGAAACAAUGUCUGCCCAGGCUCAGAUGAGAGCUUUGCUCGACCAGCUGAUGGGAACAGCGAGGGAUGGUUCAGUGUAUCAUUGCCAGCCUACAUCAAUCUGCAAAGGAGUUGCAGAAAAGCCUCAUGUUCAUCGAGCCGUAUGGGCAAGAAAACUGUUCCCAUUUAUACUUUUCUACAGCGGGUUUAAAAUUCUGCAGCUGGGGUCUUGAAGAUGCAGAAGGGUACAGUAUGUGGUGCAGAUCGCAGUGUGUAUGUUAAUUUUUUUCCCCUUGGAUUUCUUUUGCAUUUCAUUUUGAAUUGCCUUUCAUUGUUUCAUAAUUAUCAAGGGCUUGGCUGGAUCAUUAAUGAAAGCUCUACAUCUUUUGUCCAUAUCUAGUUUCAGUUUAGUGAAAAGUCUUCAAAGAUUUGAUAGCUUUUUUUUUUUGACUUGUCAAUGGAAGCCCCAGUCUUGUAGCUUUUAGCUAUGUGUGGCACCCCUACUGGCGCAAUCUAGUGAUUCACACUGUAGGGUGAACACUGAGCCUUUGAACACAUUAAACUGGGUGUAGGCUCUAGUAAUUCCAUGUUUUAUUGAUUCUUGGGUUGGGUAAGGUAAGCACAAGAAAUAACAGCAAGUACCAUAUAAAUGCAUUGCUGGAUUUACAUGUAUUUGAUCAUUAAUUAAGAAAUAAAUGAGAAAUAGCCCAGCGGAAGACCAGUUACUUAUUUAGCAUGACACUAAUAACCAAUUGUAAUGUAAAAAAAAAAAACGUCCAUCAGAAUUAUGAGAACAUGGUUUUCACCCAUUUAGCUUAAAUUCUGUUGAUCUCAAUUUGGUAACAAAUAAUUGCCAAAUACAUGCACUGGAUACCUCGCCCCUUCUCUCAAGUAUGUGAGGUCUUUCUUACUGUUGGAUUUUGGACUGUUUCAGGUGAUGAGACGCGACAGAGGGUCAAGUUCACUGACGAGAGAGUCUGCAAAAGUCACCUCCUCAAUUGCUGUCCACAUGACAUCUUGUCUGGAACGCGUAUGGACCUGGGGGAAUGCACAAAGAUCCAUGACUUGGCACUUCGGGCCGACUAUGAAAUUGCGUCCAAGGAGAGAGAUCUGUUUUUUGAACUUGAUGCGGUAGAUCACCUGGAGUCCUUCAUUGCCGACUGUGACCGAAGGACUGAACUGGCAAAGAAGCGCCUGGCUGAGACCCAAGAAGAGAUCAGUGCUGAGGUGGCAGCAAAGGCAGAGAAGGUCCAUGAGCUGAAUGAGGAAAUUGGAAAGCUCCUGGCCAAGGCUGAGCAGCUCGGAGCUGAAGGCAACGUGGACGAGGCCCAGAAGAUCCUGCAGGAAGUGGAAAAGGUCCGCACCAGAAAGAAGGAUGCAGAGGAAGAAUACAGAAACUCCAUGCCAGCUUCAAGCUUUCAGCAACAGAAGCUCCGGGUGUGUGAGGUUUGCUCUGCUUACCUGGGUCUUCAUGAUAACGACCGUCGUCUGGCUGAUCAUUUUGGUGGAAAACUUCACCUGGGCUUCAUCCAGAUCAGAGAGAAACUGGACCAACUAAAGAAAACUGUGGUCGACAAGCAAGAGAAGAGGAACCAGGAACGUUUGAAGAGACGAGAAGAAAGGGAGAAAGAGGAAAAGAUGAAGAAAAGGACCAGAUCACGAAGCCGGGAAAAAAAAAGGUCCCAUUCACGUGAGCGCAAACGGAGACGCUCCCGCUCUUCAUCACGAGACAAGCGACGUUCUCGUUCAAGGUCCAGGGAGAGGAGGAGGCGACAUCGCAGCAGAUCCCGCUCACGCAGCCGAGGACAUCGUCACAGCCAUAGCCAUGAGCAGAGCUCAAGACACAAGUCGUCCAGGGAUCGAGAGCGCUCUUCCAGAGACCGGUCACGGGAUCGAGACAGGAGGGACGGUAUGAAUGGCAGGUCGGACUCACGCCGAGCAGAUGACAGGGACACGGGUGAUUUCUGAAGACCAAGCACCAUCUACCAUCACACACAUCCCCCUACCCCCCUCCAUUCUCUCACCUGUUUGUCCAAUUAUUAUAACCUAGUACUACACAGUCUGACUUGACCACCCAUCCCCCUGUUCUCUAGCCUCCCUCCUUUCUUUGCUUCAUUAAUGCAGCUGACCCACAAAACAGAACUAUACUAUGGAGUCACGUUUCUAGCCUCCAAAUACAUGAGUUUGCUUCUGGAUUUGGGAGGUUGGCUAUUGAUCAGUAGUACGGUGUAUCAAAAUACCCAGAUAUGUCUAUUUUUUCCUCUUUUUUUGUGACACUAUCCAAUCAAUCCUACUGUCUUGUUAUAAAAUACCUUUUUUUUUUUUUUUUUUUUAAAGUGAAAUAGAGUAAAGCAUUUACAGCCUGGACUGGAGCAUAAAAUAUAUCUGACCCAUAUUCUUUAUGAACCAACUGUCUUUUGAGAAAGAUCUGUAAAUAUGUUUUGGCCCUACAGAUUGUAACAGCCUAAAAAGCUUCAUCCUAUCGGGUAGUUGUUUUAUUUUUUUUAUUUGAUUUUAUUUUUUCUAUCUUUCCCUCUAAAGCUUUUCUUUUCACUAUGUUAAGGUAAUACGCAUAUCUCCAAUGUCUGCCCACAUAAAUAAUUUAAAUCCUUAAAUUCUCAAAACUCCAAUUAAAUUUUUGAAUUGAAACCAUGAAGGUUUUAAAUUCUCUCUAUUGCAAUUCCACUUUUAACAAAUCAAGUUUCAUUUGAUGCUUCUUGUAGUUAAAGUUGUGAGUUUGGCCAGUUUCAAGUCAACGUUUGUUUGGAGUUGUAUUGGUGGCAAGUUUAUUGUUUAUAAGUUGUUUCAUUCUUGAUUUUCAUUUUAUUUAACAUAAUGGUAUCUUCAAAGUUAGUGGUGGCAUGUGAAGCAGUAGGCUCAGCAAUAACUGAUUGGAAAUGAUGUGCUAAAAUUGCACAUGUGCACGACUAAGGUUGUGCAUUGAAAUUUUGGCCCACUAUGGACGGAUUAAUUGUAACUAGAAAUUGAAUUCAAUGCAAACAGAUUUAAAUGGAUGCACUGCUUAACCUUAUGUGUGGAGUCGUAUGUUUAUGUUCUGCUGGACAUCUUUCUUUAAAUUCUCAAUUAAAAAAAAAAAAGAUUUUGUCUCCUUGACUUUUUUUUUUCUCUUUUCAAGUAAAUGCUACUCAUGGUUGAUUUAUAAGUAUGCAACAAAUAUUAGGUUUCAUUUAAGUUAGUCUUUAAUUAGUCUGUGGUGAUGACAAGAAAAACAUUACAAUGAACGUAAUUACAAAAUGGGAAAUUGAAUGUUAAUUUUGUAUCGUAAGCUUACGUUUAUCUGCUGCAUACAAUGUAUGAUAUAGUGUCAAUAACAGUUUUUGACAAGCUUUACAAGGGUAUAAUAAUAGUCAGGACACUAUCACAUGUUCUUAUGAUAAAUAAAAUUAAUAAAUGAACAGUUUGCUCUUCAGUGGCAGCAUGAACCUGGAGAACACAAUCCUUCAUUUGACACACUUCCUACUGGAGACGCUGCAUCUCACAAAGUGCUGCUCUCCAGCUUCAGAUCCACUUUCAUUUUCUGUUUCUCCAUGACCGCCUCCAACUCUGUUGCCCUUCUGGCAUCCUGUAAGAAGAAGGCAGAUUUAGAAAAAAAACAAAGUAGGACCUUUUUGCUUUUACAAGCGUUUGGAGAUUAUGAGCAGGGGUGCACACAAGCCGGGACUCGAGGGCCAGUCUACUGCACAUUUCAUUCUUGAUUUUCAUUUUAUUUAACAUAAUGGUAUCUUCAAAGUUAGUGGUGGCAUGUGAAGCAGUAGGCUCAGCAAUAACUGAUUGGAAAUGAUGUGCUAAAAUUGCACAUGUGCACGACUAAGGUUGUGCAUUGAAAUUUUGGCCCACUAUGGACGGAUUAAUUGUAACUAGAAAUUGAAUUCAAUGCAAACAGAUUUAAAUGGAUGCACUGCUUAACCUUAUGUGUGGAGUCGUAUGUUUAUGUUCUGCUGGACAUCUUUCUUUAAAUUCUCAAUUAAAAAAAAAAAAGA